CAAAGAGGAAGUUGCGAAGCAGACCCUGUAACCUGCAAGCUAGCCAUAUUCCUGAGCCGCCCUGAGCACUGCAAAGGGGAAUAAAGGGAACUAGCACGACUACAGUUUACCUUUGAAGUUAUGACAGACCUGUUUGAUACAUAAGUCGGGUGUGCACGUUCUCCCCGCGUUGAAAAUACAGACGCAGAGACCGGCUGCCGUAGAAGCAUGUCUGCUGGGGAACAGCUAACGAAAAUUAUGCCUUCAUCCUUCUAGAAAAGCUAAGUGGUUAGCCAUCCGCUGUACCGUUAGCACCGGGGUAAUCUGCCGUCGAAAUGCCCGACAUAAAGGGCUUUAUAUUCGAGCUGUUAUUGUGAACCAGAGCCAGCGACGCCAACCUUCGCCAGCUCGCUGUGUGGUUGAACAUCGACCCGAGCCGCGGAGCGGAGCAUGAAGAGCCCCUCUGCGGUUAGCCUCACCUCCGCUAGCGUUAGCUAGAGAAACGGCUAGCCCCGCAGCAAAUGUUGGCUUAUAACUGCGUUUGAUCGAUAACUCGGUAAACCGACGAAAGCGUCGAAGCCAGCCAAACAUGGCUUCAGAGGAGGCAUCGCUGCGUGCGUUGGAGACCCUGAUGACAGAGUUCUUUCACAACUGCACAACUAACGAGCGAAAAAGAGAAAUAGAGGAGCUGCUGAAUAACUUUGCACAGCAGACCGGAGCCUGGCGCCACUGCUUGUUCUUCCUCUCCAAUACUCGAAAUGAGUAUGUCAUGAUGUACAGUCUCACGGUGUUUGAGAACUUGGUGAACAAAAUGUGGAUCGGUGUCGCUUCGCAAGAUAAGAUGGAAAUUCGCAGCUGUCUGCCUAAACUCCUCCUGGCUCAGCACAAAUCCGUGCCCUAUUUCAUCCGCAACAAGCUCUGUAAAGUAAUAGUGGAUAUCGGCCGCCAGGAUUGGCCGAUGUUCUACCACGACUUCUUCACAAACACGCUUCAGUUGAUCCAGUCCCCAGCUUUGGCUCCACUGGGGUUGGUGAUGUUGAAAACCACAUCAGAGGAGCUGGCCUGUCCCCGUGAAGACCUGAGCGUCGCCAGGAAAGACGAGCUGCGCAAACUGCUGCUGGAGCAGGUACCGACGGUGCUGGGGCUGUUGACAGGUAUCUUGGAGACGUACUGGGACAAACACAGCAUCAUCGCUUCUACUCCUCCUCCAUCACCCACCUCUGGAGAAAGUAUGGAGUUGCUGGGCAGUUUGUUUCAGGGCAGCCAGUACUCAAAGCUGCUUUGUCAACCCAUGGCAGCUCUGGACAAUGACAGCCACCAGCUCUGUUGUCUUGUUUUGGAGUGUUUGGCCCACCUGUUCAGCUGGAUCCCUCUGUCCACCAGUAUUACUCCCACACUGCUGGCGUCCAUUUUCCAUUUUGCACGUUUCGGUUGUGACCUUCGGACAAAGACCAAGACCGGGUCCUUUAUCUCCUCCAACUCCUCUUCAUCUAACGGACAGCUAAACCCCGGGACAAUGCCUCCGACGUCAAAUGGAGGGGGGCGUCACGGACAGCAGAGUGAGAGCAGCAAGGUGGAUCGAGCCAGGCUGGGCGUCCUGGCGAUGACCUGCGUCAAUGAACUGGUGUCAAAGAACUGCGUGCCAAUGGAUUUUGAGGAAUACCUACUGCGAAUGUUCCAGCAGACCUUCUUUCUCCUGCAAAGGCUGACGCGAGAGAACAACGCACACACAGUCAAGAGCCGCUUGCAAGAGCUCGAUGAGAGUUACCUGGAAAAGUUCACAGAUUUUCUGCGCCUGUUUGUCAGUGUUCACUUGAGACGAAUCGAGUCAAGUCCUCAAUUUCCUAUCGUAGAGUUUCUUGGCCUGCUUUUCAAAUAUACCUUCAACCAGCCCACCCACGAAGGCUACUUUGCCUGUUUGGACAUUUGGAGUGUGUUUUUAGAUUUUCUGACAACUAAGAUCAAAAGCAGACUAGCGGACAGAGAAAGUGUUUUAAAUAGGUACAAAGAUGCUUUAGUUCUUCUCUUGAGGGAAGUCCUGAAUCGCAUCCAGUUCCGAUACAACCAGGCCCAGUUAGAAGAGCUGGACGAUGAGACUCUGGACGACGACCAACAGACCGAGUGGCAAAGGUACCUGCGUCAGAGUCUGGAGGUUGUUGCCAAGGUGAUGGAGCUGCUCCCAUCCCAUGCGUUUUCUACUUUGUUCCCAGUACUUCAAGAAAACUUGGAUGUAUACCUGGGCUUGCAGCAGUUCAUAGUCACCACUGGCACAACUCGGAGGCUCAACAUCACAGCAGAGAAUGACUGCCGCAGACUCCACUGUUCUCUCAGGGAUCUCAGCUCGCUCCUUCAGGCUGUUGGACGCUUGGCUGAGUAUUUCAUCGGGGAGGUUUUCGCUGCACGAUUCAGUGACGCUCUGGCAGUGGUUGAAAGGCUGGUUGAAGUGACGUGCUACGGCUCCCAGACCAGCCUGUACGAUCUGGAGACCGCUGUGCCUUCUGUGCUCAAGCCUGACCUCACUGAUGUACAUGCUCAGGCCCUUGCUGCUCUGCAGGCCUAUUCUCACUGGCUCGCACAGUUCUACAGUGAAGUCCACAGUCAAAACCAAACGCAGUUCAUCACCCUCAUCACAUCUGCAGUCAAUGCCAGCAGCCCGCUCAUCACUGCCAAGGUACCUGAGAAGUUGCUGCUGUCUGCAUGUCAUCUGAUGGUUUCCAUAACCGCCACGGUGCGGCCGGUGUUCCUGGUCACUUUGCCUGCUGUUCAAAACAUCUUCAACCUGAUCACGACAGAGAAUCAGACCCGCAGGCUUCCUCCUGAGGCUCACAUGUUGGUGUGUCGCGCUUUAUCCAGCAUGCUGCUGCUCCCUUGGCCAAAUUUACCAGAGAGCGAGCAGCAGUGGCAAACGCGCUCCAGCAACCACGCCAGCCUUCUGGCAGCCCUGACCCGGGAGUAUCGUAUUUUAAGAGGGACUGUGAACAUUACUCCACGGCAACCUGGCCUGGACGGCAUGAAAGCAGUGAUUCAGCAGACCCUGCCCGUGCUCAGAGACAUAGUGGAGAGCAUCUCCGGAGAAUCCACCAAAUCUCGACAGUUCUGUUAUCAGAGCCUCCAGGAGUCUGUCCAGGUGUCCCUCAGCCUUUUCCCAGUGUUUAUUCAGCAGCCAGAUGUGACCGACGAGAUGCUGGCCUUCUUCCUGACGCUGUUCCAGGCGCUGCGAGUCCAGAUGGGCGUCGCCUUCACCGGACAGAUCAUCCACACGUUCCUCAGCAUGUUCACCAGGGAACAGCUGGCUGCCAGUAUUCUGCAGGAGGGCAGCGCCGGGUGCAGGGUGGUGCAGAAGUUCCUCAAAAUCCUGCAGGUGGUGGUGCAAGAGCCUGGUCAGGCUUUCAAGCCCUUCUUACCCAGCAUCCUGUCUCUGUGCAUGGAGCAGGUCUACCCAGUAGUGGCAGAGCGUUCUUCUCCGGACGUCAAAGCGGAAAUGUUUGAGCUGUUAUACCAAAUACUUCACCAAAACUGGAGGUACUUCUUUAAAACUUCAGUCUUAACAAGUGUCCAAAGAGGAGCCGCCGACGACACCAUGGAGAACGAGGCCCAGUUCACAGCUGCCAUGCAGGCGUUCGGCCAGUCCUUUCUGCAGCCCGACAUCCACAUCUUCAAACAGAACCUCUCCUAUUUGGAGUCACUCAACAGCAAACACAAGCUGUAUCACAGAAAGCUGUUCCGGACUUCGAUGCUGUUCCACUUCAUCAACGUGCUGCUGCAAGUCCUCCUCCACAAGAGCCACGACCUCCUCCAGGAGGAAAUCACCCUCGCCAUUUACAACAUGGCUUCUGUGGACUUCGAAGCUUUUUACUCGGCCUUCAUGCCGGAGUUCCUCAACGGCUGUCAGGGUGUGGACACCAGCCAGCGAGCGGUUCUGGCUCGCAACUUCAAGCUUGAACGGGACUUGCCUUCGUUCACUCAGAGCGUGCAGCGCCUGGUGAACGACCUCCGCUACUACAGACUGUGUAACAGCAGCCUCCCCACCGGCACCAUAAAGCUAUAGCACAGUGACUGGCUGAACCACUCCCCGCUGGGCGGUCUCCGGGCCGCCUGUGCUGACCACUCCGCCCGCCGCCCCUCCAGGCCGGCUCGCUCCACUAUUUCAAAGCACCACGAAGGAGCAGCACACGGCCUGGCUGAGGAAUCGGAGAUGGAGGAUGCUGCUGAUGUUUUUUUUUCUUUUAUUUCUACUGUAGAAGGUCGGCACCUCAUUGUUUUGUUUUUUUUUUAACGCAGUGCCCUCCUUGUGUAUUGCCAAGGAUGACUUGGCAGAAAUGUAAACCCGGUCUGCAGUCGGCUUUCGCCCAGACCCGGAGCAGUCUGAGCCAGGCCUCCUUUCCCACGCCUACGGGACUGAGCACUUUCAACUCAUUUUGAGUUUUUUAAUUGUCUGCUUUUAUUCAUUUUUGCCUUUUUUUUUUUUCAUCUCCAAAGGAGACGGACUCUCAACUUAAGAUCUUUCAUAUCAUUCCAUUCUGAUAAUGA